UACUUCCUUUGCUCUUGCUCUCCCGAUUCCUGCCGUGCCUACCGUCCCCCCCAAUCUGACCCUGUACAGCUGCCGCCGUGCCAUACCUCUCGUACGCGGCGCUCAUCGCAUCACUGCGGCGGCCUCCUCCGCCGCCCCCCGUCCCGCGCCCAACUCGAUUCCCCGCCACUUACGCUCGUCGGCGGUUUCGCCACCAUCUCCACCUCAUCUCGUCCCUGGUGUCUGAACCCCGUCCGCAAUUUUGGCCAUUGGUUACUCAGUCUAUGGCGCAAGGUCCGGAAGAUAAAUAUUUUAAAGGUUUCUUCCAGGUGAUCAGCUGUGGCAUGCAAGGAAGUCUUCAGCUUUAUGAUGUCCUUUCUGAAGGGCACACCCACUCAAACAGUAUUUAAGUGGCCAUGGAGAAGCCAACCACAGUUAUCAGCACAUCUGCUAGCUGAUGUUCCACCUCAAAUCGAGUUGUCCGACUACCGAAGAUUACCAAGCUCUGCUAGUGAGACCCCAUCAAGGCUUCUUCAUGGAGAAGACAUAAAGGCUGACCUCAUUCCAGACCUGGAUAUUUUCUUUGAGAGGCUUUAUGAAUAUUUCUGUGCAAAAGGUCUAAGAUGCAUAAUAAUCAAGUGGAUAAUUGAGAUCCUCAAUGUGACAUUUGUGCUAUGUUCUAUUGGUUUUUUCUUCUUGUUUGUUGAUUGGGGUUCCCUCUCCCACUUAAAAUGUGGGGUGGAAGCACUUGAGUCUGGGGAGAAACCAUGUGACCUGAUGAAAGUCAUUAAGAAUGACCCGUUAGUGCCAUUCACAUUUCUGAAGAUGGUCACUGUUGGGUCGAUGGUUAUAUUGACUGUUUAUGGACUUAUUAACUUUCUGAAGUUUUUUGUAAAACUGAGAAGCACUCUCAAUGUUCGCGACUUCUACAAUAACAGUCUUAAGGUUACAGAUCUUGAGAUACAAACCAUAUCAUGGCCCAGAGUAGUUGAGAAGGUUGUCCUUUUCCAGAAAUCACAACGGCUAUGUGUUGUUAAGGAUCUCUCGGAGCAUGAUAUCAUCAUGCGAAUCAUGCGGAAAGAGAACUACUUGAUUGGGAUGGUUAAUAAAGGCAUAAUUGCAUUUCCCAUUUCCCGUUGGCUGCCUGGAGCUGGUCCAACUGUCAGUUCUCGUAUGCAUGGAAGGAAAAGCUAUCUGAUGCUUCCAAAGACCCUUGAGUGGAGCUUGAAUUGGUGCAUCUUUCAGAGCAUGUUUGACAGAUCUCAUUUCAUGUUCUCUUGCAGCAAAUUUUGUGUUAGAGAAGAUUUUUUAGCGAGUCCAUCUCUAUUGAAAAAACGGCUUAUAUUUAUGGGUAUAACGAUGCUUCUUCUAUCACCCUGCCUUGUAAUCUUCCCACUGGUAUACCUGUUCCUGAGACACGCUGAAGAGUUCUAUAAUCACCCUAGUACAGCAUCAUCUCGAAGAUGGUCAAAUCUAUCACGGUGGAUCUUGAGGGAGUUCAACGAGGUUGAGCAUUUCUUCAAACAUAGGAUGAACAAUAGCACUGUGUAUUCUUUAAAUUAUUUCAAGCAGUUUCCGACUCCACUAGUAUCUAUUGUUGCCAAAUUCAUAUCAUUUGUAUCUGGUGGCUUGGCUGGCAUUCUUCUCAUCCUUGGAUUUCUGGGAGAAUCCAUCCUUGAGGGCCAUGUUUUUGGUCGAAAUCUAUUCUGGUAUACUAUUGUUUUUGGAACAAUAGCAACUGUAAGCCGGAAAGUCGUGGCUGACGAACUUCAAGUGAUUGAUCCAGAAGGAGCCAUGUCCUUUGUGGUCCAGCAGACACAUUAUAUGCCAAAAAGGUGGCGUCGUAAAGAGAGCAGCGAACUUGUGCGAAGUGAAUUUGAAACUCUAUUUCAGUAUACCAUAACAAUGCUCCUAGAAGAGAUGGCCUCGAUUUUGAUCACCCCUUACCUGUUAAUAUUUGUGGUGCCGAAGCGCGUUGAUGAUAUCCUGCUCUUCAUUUCGGACUUCACAGUUUACGUAGAUGGAGUGGGAGAUGUAUGCAGCUUAAGUUUGUUCGACUUCAGAAGUCAUGGCAAUAGAAGCUAUGGUUCACCAGUUGAUGCAGUUAAAAGCAUGAGGAGCUCCCAAGGGAAAAUGGAGAAAUCAUUAGUGAGUUUCCAAAGCACCUAUAUCUCAUGGGAGCCAAAUACUGAUAGCAAGAAAUUCUUGUGCAACCUCCAGAAAUUCAAGGAAACGCAAAUUCGUGAGCAUACCUUUCAAGCAGUGGAAGCAUCACAAGAUGGGUUAAGUACUAGAGGUCAAAGUGCUCAAAUUUUCCAUAGACUGCUCCCCAGGAAUAUCCAGCCCAGCAAUGGAAUUAUAUAUGACAGCCCGCUAGGACUGCUUGAUACAGAUCGAAGAGCUUGUCCAUAUAUCCUGGAUUGGUAUUACACACAUCACCUGCCACACUCGGAUACAGAAGACAAUGCAACUCGCCACCCUGAUGAAUCAUCACCUGAUCCUGGGGAGGAUUUAUGGCCACCACAGAGCAAACCAUUGACAGAAAUCGAAGAGGAGGAUCCCUGGGAUUCUGAUUUGUAUGAAAGAGCUCGAAGCUACUUGGAGGCAUCAACAUCGAGUGCAUUGUUUCAAUGUGCCGCCUUCAAGCGCCAGGGCAAGGAGCAAAACUACACGAGCCGUCAGUGGUGGGCUCAGUCAUCUGCACGGUCGGUUGAUCUGCUUGAUAGUUUUCUUGAGCCUCCGGGAGGGAGUUUUCUUGAACCGGCACAUUUUAGAAAUAAUUAUGAUUCUGGCCAUUAUUCCAGUCAUCACAGUGACAGGCCGCUGACCUCUUCACAACCAACAAGUCCACAAGGCAGUUUCCUUGAGCCCCCAAACUUCGGAAACUAUUACACGUCUAGCCAUCAUUUAAGCCAUCACAGCGAAGACCUGCCGUCAGGGACAACCAGUGUACAACUAGACGAGAGCAACACCAGAGGCAGCAGUAGUUGGAGAAGUCCCCAGGCCCUGUUGAAGACCAGAUACAUGGAUGAUGACUUUGACAUGGAGCAAGGACUUAGUUUCAAUUUUGCUGAUGUGCCUCGGAUGGAUGACAGCGAAGCUGAAGAUCAGGACAAUGGCGGUCUCAGCGCCGCCAAUAUUCAUAACCCUAUGUCAGCCAGCCUCACCGUACGGAUAAUACCUAGAAGCAGUGAUCCUGUUUAGUCUGAAGAAAAAAAAUACUUAAAACAAGAAAAAGAUAGUAAUAUUUGUGACAUGGUUAAUGUUUAGAAUUACUUUGGGAAGAAAGGAAGGACGUCAGUUUACUCUGAUUCAGUCGAGUCUGACAAAUUGUUUUUUUAUACAUGAAUUACUUUGCUGAUGUUCCCUGUUUAGGAUAGGGAAAGGCCAUUCUUUUGCGACCUGAAUUGCAGAAGAAUGGAUUGAGUGGAAAAGAGUAAACAAUCUUAUAUGAACAUAAUAUUUGGACAUCAAGUUUUUACUCAACCAGAAAUGAAGAUACCACCUUUUUUUUAUUACAAAAGUAAUUUGUGUUCUAUCAUUGCCAAACCAAAAGCAAAAAAGAGCACAUGAAACUAACUUUUAGGUGCUUGCCUGCAAAUUGCUGUGCUGCUGAGCUCCUUGCCAAACCCUCCUCCUGCUCCAUCUUCUAAGAAGCCAUGGAAACAGCAGAUGAUUAGAGCCUCCUGCUUCAUCUGCAACCCAAUCCUCAGGAUGCUCCAUGAAAGCAAUGGCGAUGCCGCGAGAAAUGUGUCUACCAGGAUUGGCACCAGAUUCUUCACACCACUUGUCAGAUCUUUCUUGGCAGACAUAUCUUGGGGAAGAUUCAAGACAAUAGUGAUCUACCUCUCGGUUUACACCGUCGGGAUGCUUGUGAUGAAGGUUCUGGCAUCACGUCCGGCAAUGCUGCAAUCUUCCAACCAUGGUGAGAUCCAUUGUGUCGUCGUCUGCCCAGAACUUUAUCUUACAGCCCUUGGCAAUGUUGGCAUCAAGCUCUGCACUUCAUCUGGGUGUCCUUCAACUGGGUACUAUUUCUUGACAACGUUGGGGGUCGUCGUGAUUCUGAUGUUCCUCAUGAGCCUCAGUUUCACGGCGCUUUUCACUGGUUUUGGUUGUACAGAUACAAGAAAAUAUGCGAGUCUUGUAAGUGCUCCAGAUUGUUGUAGCCGUGAGGAAUUUGCCAUCUGAAGUUGCCUAACGAUAGUCAGCUCAGCGUCAGCUGUCUUCAACAUCAGAACCAAGGACGCUGCUUGGGUGACGUAGGGCGCACUCACUGACGCAGGAUCCCAGAAGCAACUACUAAGGUUGAGCAUAGCACUAAAUUCGGGUACUGAAAUUUCUUCAGAAAAUGCCAACUUUGAGAAUUUGUUUACACUAGUGUGGUGCACAUGCAUUGCUACAGAAACCACAAAGAAAAUAGUAAAGGACGUAAUGUGCCAAAUGAGUGCA